CUUGGGCUCAGCUCAUACGGAAUCAAUGUUCACUGCCUCUGAAAUCAACAGACAUGGAUCUCCCCGACCUUUACGACCUGGUCGAUAUUGAAGGGAGCUUAGAUCUGCCGUCUGAGUGUGACGCAUUUCUACCACUACCGCAAAAUACAGCCUCCCCGGCGGCUCACCCAGUUCCAGCACUUGAUACCAGCACUUUCGCACCUCCAGCUCUUCGGUCAGACACUUGGACUCCGGAGCAGGAGGCAAUCCCGCGACAACGACAGAGACGUUAUGCCCCGCGAAGCCGCCAAGGUUGCCUCACCUGCCGUGCUCGCCGGAAGCGUUGCGAUAUCCAACAUCCUGUUUGUCGCACUUGUACCCGUGUCAAUGCAGAAUGCCGAUGGCCAGAGAAGCUUCAAAUUCCAGAUUUCAACAGCGGAGACAAAUCUCUAAAGAACCAGAAUAGGGCCACUUCAAUCCGCUCAGAUUCAGAGGCACUGAGUACACGGAACAACAACGCCAAUGUUAGUUCAGUAGCAGAUGAAUAUCUUGCAGCAUCGAGAACUACAAUUGGAAAUGGAAGCGUACCAAGAAGUUUGGCCGCCGAAACUAUAUUUGCGCGUCAGCUCAGCCCUACUGAAGCUUCUCGUGAGCGGCAUUUGUUAUCCUACUAUACAUAUACGUUCAUCCCUCAAGUAACCCUCGUCCAAUCGCCAUCGAAUUUCUUUAUAUCACUGUAUAUUCCUAUGGCAUUCCAUUAUAGCGGUGUCAUGGAUGCAAUCAUCGCUUGCUCUGCAGCUCAUCUUGCAAAGUCGGUUCAUGGAUCAGAAAAGAUUCAGGAGCUUAAUUCCGUGGCCAUUCGCCGCCAGCAGCUGGCGCGUGAGUUCGUUACAGAACAUACGACAUGCCCCAAGAGCUCGGGAUGGGAAGAAUGCAAACUUGAAGUUGUUGUAGUCCUCUUGCUAUUGAUUGGGUUGGAAUCUCAAACAGGAGGUCGAAGUAUGAGAUGGAUGCAGCGGGUCAAUUGUGUACGGCAAUUACUUCAAACCUAUCCAACAACCGCAACGAAAGCGUGGAGUGCAUGGGAGGCUGAAUGUGUUCAUAGACACUUCCUAUAUUAUGAUGUAAUGUCUCUCAUCAUGGAGGAUGUGUUAGACCCAGAGACGCAAGCAGAUUUGUCAAAGAGAAGCGGUCCUUUCAGUGACUGCGCCGCGACUCUUUCGGUACCACGAACGCAAGACUUUCCGGAGCAGGAAGUCGUAACAAAAUCUACAGGCUCCUCACAAUUUCAUCAAUACGGAAGCGCGCCUCAGGGUGUCGACUGUCUGCUUGGCUUGUCCAAGGAUUUGUUCAGCACCAUUACUCAGCUGAGACGCCUGCCCAGUCGAGAUUCCGAACUCAUUGACAUGGAAGCGCCAGCAUUUCUCAAGCUUGAGACUGACCUUUCUAACUGGCAGUACGAUCAUACAACUGCAUCGGCCUUAGACUUCAACACCCGUCUAGAUUUGAUCGCGCUUUCUGAAUGUCAUCGUCUUACCGCAUUAAUCCUACUCUAUCGGCGUUAUCCAAGUCGAUCGUAUUGUUUACCACAUUUGGCGUCACAGAUCUUAGGCGUUCUUUCUAGAAUAACUCCAAGCAGCGCGGUGAUCUCUGCUUUGACUCCGGUUCUGUUUUUGGCUGGCGCUGAACUCAACUCCGAGGUGGAGAUGGCAUUAUGCGCAGCAAGGCUGAAGAGUAUUAGGGAAGCAAACAAGAUGAUGAACAUAGCCGCUGUAGAAGAGAUUCUUCGAGUUAUUUGGGAAGAGCGAUUGCAGAAGAAGGGUCAGACAGAUUGGCUAGAGAUUCUGCGGACUCGGCGAUGGACCUUGAGCUUGGGAUAAUGUUCGAGACUUUACUGAUGAAUACAAUUAAUAUUUUUGCG